GUUCCACUGUCCUGCCAGGGAGCCCUCCCUGGACUAUGAUGUGGUCCUUCCCCUGGGGGAUGAUGUCCAGCUCUCUGUGGCAGAGUACCGAAAUAAGCUGUACGAGAUGAUCCUUGAAAAGAAACCAAAGAGCCUUCCCAAGGAGCAAGGGCAGGGAAAAAGCACUCAGCCAAGCCUGUCUGAAUCCAGCACACUCCUCCCAGACUCCAGCUCUGUGCCUGUACCCACCAGGAAGGGCCAGAGGGAACCAACCCCUCCUGCCCUGAACCCUCCAGCUGUGCAGGCUGGAGCCCCAGCUGGGAUGCAGCCCACGGGAUCCAGCCAGAGGGAAGCUGUGCUCAGGCCACAGGUCACCGUGGCCAUGUACAACCCCAUCACACACACCACUGUGCAGAGAAGUGCAAAUCCUGGGGCUGGGAUCAGGAACUGUUCUGCACCACCUCAGCAGCUCAGAACCUCCAACAACAGCAAACUGGGGAGACAAACCCUGUGGGCAAAUGCCAGAGUCCCUCCUGCCAGCGUGCAGAGCCUUCCCAAUAAUCCCAGAAAUUCCCAGUGUCCCAGCAAGGACGUUCGUCCCCUGCUGAAGCCCAGUAAGAAGAUGUUCCAGAUCACUGCAAAUGUGGGAGCUGCAGGUGACCCAAAGGCCUCAAUGGGAAGCUACUCCCAGGCCUAUGGGACCAUCAGCAAAUCUGCUCUGCAGAGUCUUCCCAUAGCAAAGGCCUCCCAGGACCUGGAGCAGUGA